AGUAUACAAGAGUAUAUUAGUAGUAUAAUAUCAAGUAUUUCUUCCUUGUAAUGGCGACAAACACAUACGAAGGAACGGUUAAAGGAAGAACUAAAAGCAAAGAAGAGAUGAGACACAUUUUUGAAAGCAUUUUGAAAUCAGGAUCUUUGAAAUCCAAACGUAGUGUAUCUUCUAACCAAAACGAAUAUGAAUGUAACAACAUUUACAGAGGCUUAGCAAUUAUAAUUAGCAAUGAAAACUUCAAAAAUUGUAAACAACGGAAUUACUGUGAUGAUGAACUAACAAAUAUGCAAGAAACAUUUGGACAACAUCUUAACUUUACAGUUGUAACCUUCAAGGAUUUGACUGCACAACAGAUUAAUUGGGUUGUAGAAAUAGCCUGCGAGCAGACACAAUUCCAUCAAAAUUCAGAUUGUUUUGCGUGUAUAAUUGGAAGCCAUGGUAACGAAAAACCAAGACCUGUGGAUUCCCUGCCUACUGAAGUAUAUUACAGAGAUCAUUGUAUUUAUGGAGUUGAUAAUGAUACGGUGACAACGAAAAGUAUAAUUGAAAAAGUCGCUGGUGUUAAGGGAUUACAAGAUAAGCCUAAAAUGUUUUUUAUUCAGGCAUGUCGGUCAAAGAUGAAACCGGACGAGUUCUGCAAUGAACAUGGGCAUGAAGUUUUAGUUCGCAGUAUUGUAAAAAAUUCUUUAAAUCAAACAAACGAAGCUACAUCGUCAGAUACUGUGUCACCAAGUGCAAGUAAACCUACCGACAAUGAUCCGAUUGGAAGCAUGUCUAAAGACCAGGACAUAACGGAGUUCAGUAUCAAAGCAGCGCUGAAAAAGUUCUUUGAUUACAAUAUAAAUAAGCCAAAAGAAAUCAUACGUGUUGUAGAUCCACCGUGUGCAGAUGACUGUCUCGUCGUUUAUUCAACAGCUUCAGAGAAAAAUUCUUAUGGAAGAGAAGGCGUUGGUGGAUGGAUGUUAUAUUCUUUACACAAGGCAAUAUUGACCCAAAUAAAACGUAUAGAUCAAGAGAGUAGCAAGAUAAACUGCAUAGAUAUAUUACGUGUUUUAAAUGAUAUGACUUAUUAUGUUUCAAAAUACUUUGAGGUCGACGAGAGUUCCGAGUCAACGCAUCCUAAAGGAAUGGAAAAGAGAAAAGUUCCAGUUGUCUUUGAACACUGUUUUCCAAAAGAAAUGUGUUUCUAUUUGUAACUAAGUUUUGGACGUCAUUCUUAUAUCAACACAGCAAAAACACAUAAAUUGUUGCCUUGAUUUGAUAUUAGAAUUGUCAUUAUAAAAUAUAGGGGAAAAUCGCUGAAAAUCAAUUCCAUUAUAGCAAUGCUCAGUCUACAUAUAUAGAUAUGUUCAAAUCAUUCUGUGAAGUUUCAUAUAAUUGCCAUGGUUGAAUUAGGAAGAAUUGGUGAAACAAUUUAUACAUUUUAUAAGGUACAUACACAAUUUUAUUAAUCAAGCUCAUUCGAAUAAACAACAAGAAUUAGCCUGAAAAUAGUC